AUGGCUCCAGUUUUGAGCAAAUACGUGUCUCAAAAAAAUGCAAUAAUCGGCAGUGCCGUUGCCGGAGUGCCUUUGUUGAUUUUUCUGUUAAAGAAAUAUGCCCUCCAGAGGAAGAAGACUGUUAAGAGGAGAGCUCCAGAGAAUGACAUAAAGUACCUCAUAGUUGAUAAAUCAGCAGAAACAAAGAAUGCAAAUCGAGCACACGUCAAUGGCCGCUUUCUUAAACAACUCUUUCAUAUUUUGAAAAUCAUUAUUCCUGGCUUUACAUCUCCAGAAUUUGGGUUCCUCAUACUUGUUGCUGCAUCACUAAUGGCCAGAUCUUAUAGUGAUAUAUGGAUGAUACAGACAGGAACAGUUGUUGAAACAGCAAUUAUAAGUAUGAAUACAACAUUAUUUAAAAAACAACUGUUAUACUUUUUUGCCGGAAUGCCAGUUAUUUCUUUAGUCAAUAAUGUGUUAAAGUGGAGUAUUGGAGAAUUGAAGCUUAGACUUCGAACUAGGUUGUCACUUCACUUAUAUGAUGAAUAUUUAAGAGGAUAUACUUACUACAAGAUAAAUAAUUUGGACAACCGUAUAUCAAAUCCUGAUCAGUUAUUAACAGCUGAUGUUGAUAAGUUCUGCGAUAUGUUCACUGAUUUAUAUUCUAAUAUCUGUAAACCAAUUUUAGACAUUGUAAUAUAUGUUUACAAAUUAACAUCUACAUUAGGAUUUCAAACGCCUUCUGUUAUGUUGGGUUACUUGAUGGUAUCUGGAUUUAUUCUAACUUACCUCCGUAGACCAACUGGUAAAAUGACUGUAAUAGAACAAAAAUUAGAAGGUGAAUACAGAUAUAUUAACUCCAGGUUAAUCACAAAUUCUGAAGAAAUAGCUUUUUACAAUGGUAAUAACAGGGAAAAGCUUACUAUGUUAGCCUCAUUUAAUAAAUUAACAGAUCACUUAAGAAAAUUCCUUGAAUUCAAAGUGUCCAUGGGUUUUCUUGAUAAUAUUAUUGCAAAAUAUAUUGCCACAGUUGUGGGAUUUUAUGCUGUUAGUAUACCUUUUAUGAAUCGUAAUUCACCUUUAGCCAAUCUUUCACAAAAUGAACGUUUUCGAAAUUACUAUACAAUGGGUCGUAUGCUGGUAAAAUUAGCUGAAGCUAUUGGCCGCUUAGUGUUGGCUGGCCGCGAUAUGACACGUUUAGCUGGAUUCACUGCCAGAGUUACUGAAAUCAUGACUGUACUCAGUGAUCUUAAUAAAGGACAUUAUGUACGAACUAUGUUGACUGAUAAUAAUACUCUGAGAGAAAAGAAACUUGUACCAAACUCUGGUCGUAUUAUUACUAAAGACAAUAUCAUUAAGUUUGAUAAAGUACCUCUUGUGACACCAAAUGGUGAUAUACUAGUAGAGGAAUUAUCAUUUGAAGUUACAUCAGGCAUGAAUGUGCUAGUAUGUGGGCCAAAUGGUUGUGGAAAAUCGUCAUUAUUCAGAAUACUUGGUGAAUUAUGGCCUCUCUUUGGAGGAACCUUAACAAAACCUCCAAAGGGCAAACUUUUUUAUAUUCCACAAAAACCAUAUAUGACAUUAGGUACACUAAGGGAUCAAGUUACAUACCCACACACUAAGGAGGAAAUGCAGCGUCGUAGAAAAACCGAUGUAGACAUUGCUAAUCAUUUAGAACGUGUACAACUAUCAUAUUUAUUGCAAAGAGAUCAAGGUUGGGAUACUGUCGCGGACUGGAUGGAUGUUUUGUCUGGUGGAGAAAAACAACGUAUUGCCAUGGCUAGAUUAUUCUAUCAUCAACCACAAUUUGCAAUAUUAGAUGAAUGUACAAGUGCAGUUAGUGUUGAUGUUGAAGGUUCUAUGUAUCAAUAUUGUCGUGAUGUUGGUAUUUCACUUUUCACGGUUAGCCAUCGAAAAUCUUUAUGGAAACAUCACGAUUACUAUUUACAAAUGGAUGGAAGAGGAUUAUUCCAAUUUAACAAAAUUGAUUCUGACACAGAGGAAUUUGGUUCAUGA